UCAAACCAAAAUUCUCAUUUUCCCUCUCUUUCCAUUUGCUUCUUCUUCGUCUUCAUCCACUCAUGGAGAACCUGAAGAAGUCAGUCAUCAAAAUCGCUUACACCAGAGACCAUGCUAACCUCUCUCUUCUGCAACGCUCUUUCAUCCCCUUCCUCUACAUGGCGUCUUCUCUCUACAACCUCGCUCUCUCCCUUCGUCACCGUUUCUACCUUUACGGCAUACUCCGCAAGCAUCGGUUGCCAGUGCCAGUUAUUAGUGUUGGGAAUUUGACUUGGGGAGGCAAUGGGAAAACACCAAUGGUCGAGUUCAUUGCCUUAUGGCUUGCGGCCUCUGGGAUUUCACCUCUAAUUCUUAAUAGGGGUUAUGCUGGUGGAGAUGAAGCUAAAAUGCUUAGGAGGCAUCUUGCUGGGAGUUCCGUUAAAGUAGGUGUUGGAGCAGAUAGGAGAGCUACUGCUGCUUGGUUUUUUAACAAAUAUGGUUAUGUUGAAUUUCAAAGCAGCACGAUGGCUGAGAAGUAUUGCUUAAAACAAAUGGGAAAUCUUCCUAAAUCUGAAAAAAUUGGUGCUGUUAUUCUUGAUGAUGGGAUGCAGCACUGGAGUUUGCACCAUGACUUGGAGAUUGUUAUGUUCAAUGGGAUAACAUUUUUGGGAAAUGGGCAAUUAUUACCACUUGGACCUUUAAGAGAAACAUUAGCUGCACUCAAGAGGGCAGACGUUGCCAUUAUUCAUCAUGCUAAUCUGGUUUCAGCACAAAAUAUUGAAGAUAUUGUGAUAAGGUUGCAGAAAAUUAAGGAUACGCUUACUGUGGUGUUUACUGAAAUGUGUCCUGCAUACUUCUUUGAAGUGACAACUAUCAACUCCAAAUUAUCAUUGGAAACAUUGUCUAAGAAUGUAGUAGUAUGUGUUUCCGCCAUUGGCUCUGCUGAUGCUUUUGUGCAGACAAUGCAAAAGAUUGGAGCAUAUCAUGUUGAUCGACUCGACUUCAGUGACCAUCACGUCUUUCAAGACAGGGAUAUCGCACUCAUCAAAGUGAAGCUUGAGGAAUUGGAGAAGAAAUUUGCUUCCAAGCCAGUCGUUGUUGUUACGGAAAAGGAUUAUGAUCGGGAUCCUAUGAUAUUCAAGUGCUUGCAUCCGUACCGUGUUUUCGCUCUCUGUUCUCACCUGCAAAUCACGGGCAGCAAUGGUUGCAGUGAGGAUAGCUUCAAGAAGAUGUUGGAGAUGGCGGUACGAGUAGAACUCUCUUCUUUAAUGAGUUUGAAUUCAAGGCCAUGUUUCUGGAAGAAGAUUUCGUGGAACAAAACACGUUCCAUGAAAGGAAAACUACAAAGGAAACAGAAAAAAGAUUUGAAAAAGGAGAAUGCUCGAGACAAGUUGAGCAUACGAAUAUAGAAGACUUGUUGAGCAUAAUUAUGGCCAGCAAUGAAGCAUUGAACUGGAAGAUGGAGAAACUGCUUGUGGAGGCUGAAGGGAUAAAAAACGGUUGAAAGAGAAAAAUAGUUCAACAAUGGAAGAAACUGAAAAGAGAGGGGAUGACAAUGAUGGAAAUGAUGGAGGGAACAUUGUGAGAAAUAAUGGUGAAGAAACUGGAUCAGAAUAAAUAUAGUGAAAAAGGACAAAAUGAUGGAUAAAAUGAAACUGAAGGAAGCAUGUAUAUUAUCAAUUAAGUAGAUGUGACCAUACGUUUUGAAGAUUUGAGGAAGACAACUAAUCGUAAUUAAGUGAUGAAAAUUACGAGGAA